ACAUCUUAAAACGGCGGACAUCGAUCCUGUCACCUCAGCGCUUCCCCCUCCCGAAAUCUCUUCUCGCCGAAGCCAACAAUUUCCGAUCGCCGCCGCCAUCGCCGCCGUAGGUCACCGGAGAGGCGGCGUCAUGUGAGUCUCACGUGAGCGGAGGAACCAGCGGUGAAGAAAAUCGAAGGAAAAAAGGAAAGCAUAAUCGGAGCACCGCCGGUUCUCAAAUCUUGGGCGAAAUUUCGUGUCUGUUGUUGAUUUCGCAAUGGUGUGUUCGUUUGAUCGUGGGAGGAUGGCUUGCAUGGUGAGGCUUCAUGAAGCUGGAAAUUUUGCGGAGAAAUCCUCAGAAGAAGUAACACACGAGGGAAUUGCUAUACAGACUAUUCACCGACAGUUCUAUGAUGCUGACGAGCAGAAUUUACUUGAAGAAGCUGAUAUGCAUGUAUUUGAUGCUAUGCCAUUGACAGAUCCCUUGCAUCUGGUUUGUUGUAAUGCUUGCGGCAAACCUGUGAAAGCCAGUCAGUUUGCAGCUCAUGAAGAGCGUUGCAAGUCAAUUAGCUCUAAGGAGAAUGCUGACCAGGAGCUUUAUGGUGGUGCUGAUCAAAAGAAACCUUCAAAGAAAGGGAGACAAAGAAUUCAAUUAACCAAUGGGAGGGAGAAACAAAAAUCUGAGUCUGCGGGUGGUGAUAGUACUGCUGCUUCAGAGUUUAAAUUCAAGUAUCAAAAUGGCAUGCUUCAUUCAGUUACAGGGAAGGCUCAAACUUCUGCUGAUCAUGGGAGGACAAUACCAGAUGCCUCAACAAAUGGAGGUAUAAAUUAUUCAGCAUCUAUACCAGGUCCGCUUGCAAUGAAAGUUUACCACCCACAAGGAAGUUAUCGCCUAAGGAAAACACUUGGCUAUCUGUACCAGCAGAGAGCUGCAAAAGAGCAUAGCCAUGAUUCCGUAGGUGUACAACUCAAGCAGGACAAGGCCAUGUUAUCUUCACGAGUCCCAUAUGCUAAUAUAUCAUCGCAUGAGGUACAAAAAGAGGAUGUUCCUCAAACAAAGUCAGGUAAUAGCAUCCAUGGCUAUAUUUUGCCCUUGUGUCACACAAGAAAUGCUUGGCCGUCAUUCAAGUUUUUAUUCAAGCACCUCGAAGAAUUGUUGGGAUUAGAUCCAAGAUCGAGCAGGUCUGAAUUGGUAAUGGAGCCUUCACAAUCUCAUUAGUAAUUGCACUUAGCUCUUGGCACCGUGCAGCGGCCAGUUGUAAGCAUUAUGUCUGGCUAGCUGUCGAUACGUGUUCUGGCAAAGCAAAUCACCAAAUAUUUUAGAGAAGAGUCGAAAUGAAAUAUGUCGAAGGUCGUUUCAAGAGCUGGAAUCGCCUAACUAGCAGCUGCUGGAGCCGCACGUUUCAGAUGGGUAAAGAGGUUUAUGAUGGUGGAAUCCCCAAUUUCAAUCACUCUCAACCUCGACGGAUAUGAAAUUUUGUGAUGAAGAGACUUGAUGACCGAUCAAAAUUUCAAAAUAUUUUUUUAUUUAUUAUGAUGAUUUAAAUAUCGGCCUGAUCCUCGAUACGACUGGACUUUGAUAUUUUGAACGCUACGCACGGAUUGCAUGUUAUCCAGUUUCAUCUUCGUCAUGCUUCCUCAUCGGAGAGAAUUUAGUUGAGAAACAGAACCCACCAAUUUUGUCGGGUCCUUGUCAUCGGGGGUUACUCUAGUAGCUUUUAGAAGGGUUUGUGAUCUCGUCUUGUUCUUCUCUUUUAUACCGACCACUGAAUUCCUAUCGCGUAGUGAUAGCUGACGGUUACGCAAGAAAGAGAGAAAUUUCUUAUGCUGUCUGUGCGCAAAAAGCAUUGAAGAACUCAUGAGCCCCCGCUUUUUAUUGGGUCCCGUCUAAAAGUUUGAAGUGGGCCGAGUCGGGCUGACGGCGGUUCUCAGUUUCUCUUCAGCCGUUGAAUCCAGAUUCAUGCACGUAACAAACAUGCAAAGGAGCGGAGGGCGGGGGGGGAUUGCAGAGGUCUCAAGUGGAAAAGCCUUUGUAGGGAACAGAUUUGAGGCCCAAUUCAAUAUGAGAACAGAUUGUAUGAUGCGCCUGUGCUAUUAAGCUGUGCGAGCGGUGGACCACCGAAAGAUUUUCGUAUGGCGGUCAACGGUCCCCCGUUGUCAAAUGUUUCAAAUUUUUGGAUAAGGAAGAGCUCAAUCAUUGAUAAAAAAAUUAUUAGGUUAAUGACAGUGAAGUAUUACCAGCC